AUGAUUAUCAAUCUCUUAGUGGUUUACAUUAUUAUUUUUAAUUUUAUUUAUUAUGUUACCAGCGCUGUUCCCGAAGGAAAGGCAAUUACACAAAAUAACGAAGCUUGCCACCAUAGAGUUUCUGCAUGUGAAGCAAACACAAGCAACGCCAACAGGCCGGUCUGUGGAACAGAUGGCCGUAAAUAUCCAUCUAAAUGUCACCUUAUGAAAGCUCAAUGUGCCGGAGAAACGGUAACGAUAGCACAUAGAGGUCCCUGUAUAGAGGGUCAGUCAUCGUGUUUGACGGUGCUGCGGUACGCGUUGAGCGCGGGCGGGCGGCGCGCGACUUUCGUGCCGCGGUGCCGCGCGGACGGCACGUACGCCGCCGUACAGUGCGCGGCCGCCGGCGCCGCCGCGGGCUGCUGGUGUGUCACGCCGGACGGAAAGCCCCUGCCCGACACCUCAGUAAGGAACGGCAAGCCCGACUGCACGAGAACUGGUAAAUCACAAACAAAACGAAGAUCAUCGGUUCGAGGUCAACGCAACAAAAGAAGUUGCACAAGAGUUGAUCGAGCUCAGUUCAAUGGGAAUCUAAUAAAAAUAUUCACCGGGGAAUAUGACCGAGCGCGGUCCGAUCACGGAGGGACCGCGGCCGAUCCCCGAACAGUUACCGACUGGAAGUUCAGGGAACUCGAUAGAGAUAGAAGUGGCACACUUCAAAAGUCGGAAUAUCGCGGACUGAGGCGCCUAAUCAAAAAGGUAGUGAAGCCGAAGAGAUGUGCCCGGGCGUGGACGCGCGGGUGCGACGGCGACGGAGACGGCGAGAUCGCGCGGGCGGAGUGGGCCGCUUGCCUGCUCUCUAACCCCGAGCCUCCUACUCCGGACUACGACGACAGCGGUCCAGAGCCGGAGCCUGAUUACAACGAAGAAGAACUCACGCCUGAUCCCAGUUCAGUGUUGCCAGGUAUUAUGAGGAACUCGUUCGCUCCCGACGGGUCGGUCGCGAGGGAGGACGAAGCAAACGAUUGUCUUACUGACCGCCAAGCAGUGCUAGACGAGCAGAAAGCGGGUGGCGCAGUGCUGUACGUACCAGAGUGUAUGGGAGACGGUAGAUAUGCGCGAGCACAAUGCUACCGCUCGACAGGCUAUUGUUGGUGCGUACAUCAGGAUACGGGGAAACCUAUCCCGGGAUCUUCAGUGAAGGAUAAGAAACCGGAUUGUGAUGCUGCCCCACAGCAUGCAAGCCCUAUGAGAGGGUGCCCCGAGCCAAUGAAGACUAACUUUCUACGCGACUUGUUAAGUUUCUUCAUAUCAAAAAUGACGACCUCUAUCAACGGCACCGGGCCCGGCGAUGUCGUGAAAUGGGGUGCUUCGAAGGAAGAGCAGGCGGCGACGUGGACUUACGUAAUGUUGGAUAAAGACAAGAAUAAAGCUUUGGAACGUCGUGAAUGGAAGUCUUUCCAUCAGCUCAUAUCUAAUAUAGAGCCUUUGAGGAGAUGUGGGAGGAAAUUGCCUCGGUACUGUGACGUGAACCACGACUCAAAAAUCAGUAUUACAGAGUGGAUGGCGUGCUUAGAAGUGAACCAAGCGUCGCAGGGUCAAACGACAGAAGCAACAAAAGUGCCAUCAAAUCCAAGAAGAAAAGGACCGAACCCUCUAGAAUCAAUUCUUAAAGCUGACGAU